UGUCUUUACCAUGUUUCCCAGGUUGAUAUGAUCUUAGGUGGGUUGCCUUUCUUGCAUUAGCCCAGUUUUUCUGCAUUUCUUUCGGAGUGCAGCUCUGUCAAGUUAACGAGUAUCCAAAGUUGACGAGUUCUCUUGAGUUUAGAUUGUGGAACGUUGUUGAUGAGUAUCGAAAGUUUCCUCUGUUGAUGAGUAUAUGCACGAGUAAUAAGAUGAUCGUGGACUCUGACGUGGUGGAUAGAAGUCUCCUACCUGGUUCGGCGUUGACAAGGGCUCAUUGGCUGAAGCGCUGCUGUGUUUCAGGUCCGGCUACUGCCUUUUGCCCCCGCAAACAAGGAUGAUGUUUGCAUAGUUCCAGGGAACCUGACAUAUUUCUGAAGGUAGGCUUAACGGGUAUAUUCUUUUCACUGUUGAUAGCGUGGCUGAAUGUCUCAACUCUUAAGGAGCAAGCAAAGCUGAGUUGCUGCAAACUGUUAUAUAUUGAGGAUGCCUUUGAUUGCCAGUGCUGUCUCUGAAUAUCCAUUUCCACAGAAGAAUCAUCUAUCCUGACAAGCAAUCAUCGAAGACAGGCAGACAGACAGGGGGCGGCUUCUCUGACCCAGACCACCACCAGAUGCAUGAUUGCGAGACCAAAUUAACAACAGAAAACCGCCCGCUUGUUGUACAAGCACAAUGAUUUAUAUGCCAGGGCAGGCAGGACGGCAUACGGAUCAUUAUGCACGAAUGGCUUUUGGUUCGUCAGGAAACUCCGGAGUCUUGCCCCGCUGAUGCCCGGCACUCCAGCGGCGCAACGACCCGGCCGUCGCAAAGUCCAAACGCACUCCACUCCCUAUCAUCCAUGGCAUAUGAUAUGUGCAAAUGGAAAUGCUCAACCUGCUGCACCGCACCCGCUGGCCUCGAUGGCAGCGUCGUACCGACUAAAAGCACAUAAGAAGCCCGCCGGCUACAUAUGCGCAGAUUGCUUCUCCCUGGCUUUGUGUCCGCUGCUCUAGCUUGUGCUACUCUGUCCCUGUCUCUCUCUCUCUCUCUUUCUCGUUCUCAGCCUCCGGCAGCGGCUGUUGGUCAGCGCCGGCGAUGGGAGCGUGUGCGACCAAGCCUGGUGAUCUCAAGGUGAAAGGUGACGCGCCACUUGUCGUGGAAGACGCUGCGGAGAAGAAGCUCGCCGGAGUUGACGCUGACACGGCCGCCGCCGCAGACGAUGUGAGUCGACGGAGGUCCCUCAGCGACUUGCUCAAAGAGGAUGCGGAGAGUGAAGCUGAAGCUCCAUCGGCAGAGAAGAAGACCGAAGCAGUAACUGCUGCUACUGAUGAAGCUGGCGCCACAGAGGUUGAGGCAUCCAUUGCGAUGACCGAGCCAGAAGGCCCAGACCACACGGCUGAAGAACUGGAACCCAAAGCCGUACAGGAUCCUGAUGCACAUGUACAGGUGGUGGAAGAAGAGAAGCGCGUGGAUCCUGAUUCAGUCCAGGUUGCUGUCGUUGCUGACGCUCAAAGUUCUGAAGAAAGCAAGGUCGUCGUCGACGAAUCUACCUGAAAAAAAGAUGGGACAUGAUGUUUGUUCCCCCUGAAAGCAGAAUGAUGUUCAGUUCUUUUGAGAUUCACAAUCGCAUUCAUGUUUUAUUUGCGUGCUGAAAUGCCGAUACGACUGUGUUUUUGUUUGAGAUGUGUAUGCAUGACUAGGUGGUGUAUCACAAACUUUUCCUAGUUCCAUCUUACUUGAUGA